CCACCAAAUUCCUCAGCACUCUCUCACACUCUUCUAAGACCACGGUUCUGGGAGUGGGGAAACAGAGCCCUGAUUUCCCUUUGCAGAAGCCCCUGCGGUACCAUCUGAAAAAAGGAAGGGGUGUGAGACCCAAACACUGCUUCAAGUCCCAAGGCGAGGAGACUGCGCCACACUCCACAUUCAGGGACCCCAUUGGUUUGGGAGUCUCUCUCUCUCUCUCUCUCUCUCUCUCUCUCUCUCUCUCUCCUUUUCUCCACCAAAUAUGUCCACCGGCUCCCUCAGUGAUGUGGACGACCUUCAAGAGGUGGAGAUGCUGGACUGCGAUGGGUUGAAAAUUGACUCCAAUAAGGAGUUUGUAACCUCCAACGAGAGCACAGAGGAAAGCUCCAACUGUGAGAUUGGGUCUCCCCAGAAGGGCCGCGGCAGCCUGGGCAAGAGGAGGAAAGCGCCCACCAAGAAGAGCCCUCUGAGUGGGGUCAGCCAGGAAGGGAAGCAGGUCCAGCGCAACGCGGCCAACGCACGCGAGCGGGCCCGGAUGCGGGUGCUGAGCAAGGCCUUCUCCAGGCUCAAGACCACCCUACCCUGGGUGCCCCCGGACACCAAGCUCUCCAAGCUGGACACGCUCAGACUGGCGUCCAGCUACAUCGCCCACCUGAGGCAGAUUCUGGCUAACGACAAGUAUGAGAAUGGCUACAUUCACCCAGUCAACCUGACUUGGCCCUUUAUGGUGGCCGGGAAACCCGAGAGUGACCUCAAAGAAGUAGUGACCACUAGCCGCUUAUGUGGAACCACGGCGUCCUGACCUUGGAGGUGCGAGUCUGGGAAAAGCGCGCUCCUUUGGGGGGGGGGGGGAGCUUGCCCCUGGAAAGCGACCCCUGCCCUCCCUGCUCUCUGGCUCUGCUAACUCUUCUCCCCAUUCCACCCCGCAAGAACA